CGACAUCGUGGAUUGAACGUAGCCCAACUACAUGUACCCUCCUAUUGAAAUCAAAAUUUGGUGAACAAGUCUGCACAGUAUCCAUGUGACUGUGACCGAGCAGGAUUCAUACAGCUUUGGCUGGUCCUGAGCUACACCUUUCAAGCAAAGACCCCUUGAAAUCACUGGCGUCGACCGUCGUCGAGCCUCAUCAACGCACAGCCUUUGAGUCAUCUAUCCACACAUGUCGAACCAAGGUAUUCCCCCCAUCAAAGCUGAUCAUGCGGGACGAUGCCAGACUGGUUUGAGCUACAAUUCCCCGAAUUGGGCCUUUUCUCCCUGUCAUUAGUUCUCCAACCUUCGGGCACCAGCGCAACUCUCAACUCAAAACGCCGACGGUCACCGUGGACCGAUGAGACAUGGAUGCUGGACUUUGGGGUGGGAAACGGGAAAUCGACAGGAGCCUGCAGGACGAAUGCAACCUCGCUCCGAGGCAACAAAAAGUUGGAUAUUGGACCCUUGGCCUCGGGCUACGAUUAUUGGGGCCCCACUGUCGAUCUUGCUCGUUCCAACUUCCAAGGUUCAAGGCGGGCUGGGGAUGGGAAAAGUUGGCAACACUAUUCUCAUCCCCCUUGACAACCAGGGGGAUGGGCGGCGCUUCAUCGCAAUUCUGUCACAACACCACGGGAGGUACGCGCCGGGCGGCAUCGUGAACACGGGUGAUGAUACACUGACUCCCGGGCACUCCGAACGGACGAGGAAUCAUGAAUCACCACGCCUAAGACGCUUCCAUUUGGGAAGCAUGCGCUCUCUAGAGCAGUGGUUGCUGUCUGAGUCAACGCUACGGACACCGGUCAGACGGGAAAAGAUACAGAAGCGGUUGCUAGGCCAGAAACUAGAGCUCAGGACAGUCGCACCACUUCGCUUGUACGCUUCGCAGUCGCUUGCAUCGUGCGACAGGCACAUUGAAUACCUCUCUUAG